AAUCAAUGUGUAUGAUUUUAUUUCUUGAAAUUGUGAAGUUUGUCCAAGUAUGUAUUCCAACAACUAUAUGAUUUGUGUUAUUUUACAAAAUAAAUGAAAUAGAUAGACAUGUGUUUUAAUAUUUUCUUGAUGUAAAAAAUGUCCGUACUUACUUCUCCAAUAAAUAUAUCAUUUGCGUUUACAGACAUUAUAAAACUAUUGCGUAAACAGCAAUAAAUAACAGAAAAAUUUAAACAAUUUUAAUUAGUAGGUAUACCUAACUAAACCGUAACUAUUUGUUUACAUUUUAAUUUGUGUUUACUAUCACGGGUUUACGAUUACGAUAAUGUUGAAACCCACUUCGCGUCUUAGCAUUAAAAAAACUGUUAUAAAACAAUAAUAAUUUCUGUUCAAUGAUUUUUUUUUUUUUUAUUCUAUCUAUCUUGAUAACAUGCUACCGUGAUAAGCUGAUAAAGAAACUUUUUACGCAGAACUUUAAUGCAUUGUUUAUUUUUAUUUAUUUAUUUACUUUUUUUCUGUGUGUUCCUUUGUUACCAGAAAUUUAACUUUUCACAUUAUUAAAAUAAUCUCUAAACUAAUUGAGAGUUUAAUAUUAAUCAUCAUGGUUUUUUUUACUAUCGAAUUACUCAGGCAUUAUUAUUAAACAAAAGACUGCAAGUGCACAACAAUAAAUGCAUUCAUAAGGUAAACAUUACACAUACCUAUUUGCCCAAUGAUAAUUACUAUUCACACCAACUUUUACCUUUAGUGUGUAACCAUGAAUAUAUAUAGGUAAAAAUACUGCGUAAUAAAUUAUACAUACUAAUGGCAAUAUUAUUUUAUUUAUUAUAUUUGUAACUUAAAUAAUUAUUUUAGGGAUGUAUUGUCAAUGGAUGACAAUUCAUAUGGCCGUACAGGCCAUUUAAAAAAUCAACACAAAUCGCCAGCUAUUAUGACCCCGGUUAAUACAAUUUCAGCUCACAGUGAUUUUGGUUUACCAGAUGUUACGCUUACAUCGCAGUUUACUUCAUUAAAACUCACACCUGAUUACAAUGACAGUGAUGAAGAGGGUGAUGGCCAUUCACAUAGCUUCUUACUUCUUGAUGAGAAAGAAAGACUAAAAGUAUGUUUAUAAAGUUUAAUAAAAACUUUGGCAAUUUAAAUAAUCAAUAAUGUCAAAUUAAUUAUAAAGCAGUGUUGUAUAUUUACUAUUGUGAAUUUAAAAAUCAUUUACUGGUGAUUUAUUUGAGUGUUUAAGCGACCUUUGCUUUGAAUCUCAAAAUUGAUUUAAUUGGCUUUUAAUUAUAAAUCUUAAUAAUUUAAAACUAAGAUACAAUGUAUAAAAUCCAAUUGCUUAUGAUCAAAAUAUAGUCAAGAAAUAAUUUAAUUAAAUCAAUUUAGAUUAUAUUAUAAUAAUUCUAUUAAAACAUAAUAUUACAUUUUGUUUAGGUGUCUAAUGUUGAAACAUUCGUAAAACGUCUCAAUGGAUACAAAAGUAACAAUGCAGUUAAAGUAAUUUCAAUAUUUGGGAACACGGGAGAUGGAAAGUCGUACACUCUGAAUCAAUGUUUUUUUAGAGGCGCUGAAGUUUUUCGUACAUCUUCUGAACAAAAAGCGUGUACAGCAGGAGUUUGGGCAGCUUUUGAUCCGUCUUUGAAUGUUGUUUGUUUAGAUACAGAAGGAUUUUCUGGAUCAAACGCACAUAAUAAACAAAGAACUAGGCUUUUGUUAAAAGUAAAUUUAUUUUUAAAAUUAAAUAAAAACAAUUUGUGUUCUUAUGUAAAUAACUUUAAUUUCUAUAGGUUUUAGCAGUAUCAGAUGUUGUCAUAUACAGAGUUAAAGGUGAACGAUUACAAGAUGACAUGUUUAACUUUCUUGGGUCAGCAUCCAGGUCGUAUAUAAAACAUUUUCAGAAAGCUUUACAUGCUGUUUGUAAUAGAUCGUGGGAUCCAAUUAAAUAUACAAACUCUUUACAAGGACCAGCAUUAUAUAUAUUUCAUGAAACUAGAAACACUGAGCCGCUAGGAUGUUGUAUGUUUUAUUCCAAUCUUAUAACUUUACUGUUAUUAAUACAUAUUUAUAUUUCAAAGAUAAUGGUAAAGAUGUCUCAGAACAGAUACAAGAUAGAUUCCACGAAUUACAACUUGAUAUUGAUGGAUUUGCAUCUCUUCAAUAUGUUGGAAUUCAAACUAUCAUUCCUCCUACUGAUUUCAGUUACAUUCGAGAAGUAAUCCAUGAAGAAAUUAUUAAGAACUGUAAUCGACCAGAAAGAUCUCCUCAUAUAGUUUAUCUGACUUUAAAGGUAUCAGAUAAUAUCAAUUUGCAUAUUGUGACAGCAGUUAAACAUUUUUACUUGUACAGGCUUUAAAUGACAAAUUUACUGGUGUAAUUAAAUCUUCAAUAGAACCACUUUUCCCAGACCAACAUCUAACUUGUCCGACAAUAUGCCAAUCCUGUGAACAACGUUGUUCAAAUAGUGUAGGACAUUUGAAAGAUAACAUUCCUCAUUUUAACAAUUCCAAGUGCAGGUAUUAAUAAUAUUAAAAUCUGUGUUAAUGAUUUACAUAAUUUAUACUUUUGAAAAAAUCUACUAGCAAUAAUAUUAUCCUAAUAUUUUACAGGUAUCAAUCACAGUUUGAAAAUUCUGUUUAUAUAUGUAAAGUAUGUACAGAUAAUGGAACACCUGUUGUUGUUGUACCAAAGUAUACAAAUGAGAAUCAAAAUUCUUGGUUUAAAUAUGCUUUAUCUGGGUAAGUAUUCUUCCACUCAUAAUAUUUUUAGAUAUAUUAAUAUCACAAUUUUAACUAUAAAUAUUUAAGGUAAUUGAAACUACUGAUAACUGAUCAUUAUAAUGUUAAUUUAGGUACAUAAUUGAUUGUCCAAAAUGUGGUGUAAUUUUUCGUAGCAAACAAUAUUGGUACGGAAACAAUGAUCCAGAAAAAUCUGCAGUUUAUACAGAAACAAAACAUAUCUGGCCUGGUGUAAGUUUUAAUAUUUCUUUUAUGUUAUAAUUUACGCAGAUUUAUAUUUAUUAUAAACAAAUUAUUUCAAAACUCAUAAAAUUCCUUGAAAUUAAAAAUGAUCACAUCACUUGUCAAUUUAUUUCUAGGGCAUUAGGUUAUUAAUGAUUUGUAUUGCAUUGACUUAUAGGUUAGUACUAUGUACUUAUUUUACUAAAACAAUAUUUUAAUAAAACAUAUAUAACUGAGAUUUAUUGACUAUAAACCAUUUGCUAAAUAGUAUUUACUUUUUAGUAAUAUCAAUGAUUAUAAAUAUUAUUAUUUUCUAGAUUUUGUCCCGACUUUAAAUAUAUAGUUCUAAAUUGUAUCACAAAUUUAUGAGAAAAAUUUAGUGUAUAUAAUACAAGGUGCGACAAAAAUAACUCUAGUUUAAUGAUAUUGUAGUUUUGAUUUAGGUGAAGAUAAAUUAGUGAGAUUUUCAUCACAAAAAGUUGCACUAACAAAAAAGACUCAAUAUGUGUAUCUAAAAUUUUAAAUAGUUAAAAUAAAAUGAUAUUAAAUGUACAAUUUAUAAAUAAAUCAUAAUUUUUGAUAUUUGACUUGGUUUAUUUUUUAUAAGUUUCAUAAAUCCGAGAGUUUCUGCCACAUCCUGUAUUAAUAAAUAUUUUCACCUGCAAAUUUUUACUCUAUUAUUAAAAAGAUAGGGAUAAUUUAUUUAAUUAUUCAAUUAUAUAUCUAUCAUAUUAUCUUAGUUGUUCUAAUAAAGCACUUAAUCUUCUUUUAUCAAAAAAAAAUUUAGUAGUCAAUAUUAUGAAUAAUUAAAUAAAUACAUACAUAUUACAUGCGUGUAAGAAUUAAUAAAAUAAUGAGGAUAAUUUUCUAAAUAUUUAAAUGUUAAACUAACUAUAAAAUGUAAGCAAUUUAAAAUGUUUUUAUUUAUUUUUCUCACUUGUGCAGAUGGAUUUACCUUCAUCAUCCAGUAUGAACCCUGCUCGGAAAGUAUUAGAUGGAGUAACAUAUCUUUCAGAAACAGUAGCUAGUGUUAGUUACGAGCCAUCACGAAUGUUAUCUUCGUGGGUUGCUGAUCAAUUUGCCCCAAAGUAUUGGAAACCAAAUGCUGAGAUAAAGGUAAUAUGUGUAUAGUUAUAAUUAUUUUAUUAUUUUAUGCACUAGUCAAUUUUUUUAUUUUUUUUUUUUAUUUUAUUUUAGGAAUGUAUUGUUUGUAAAUUACAAUUUUCUUCAACUUCAAUUAAACAUCAUUGUCGAGCUUGUGGAGAAGGAGUCUGUGAUGAAUGUUCUAAAAGAACAAUGUGUGUUCCAGAACGAGGAUGGGAUACACCUGUUCGUGUAUGCAAUUUUUGUUAUAAACGAUCAGGUUUGUUAAUUCCACUUAUCAUUUAUGUAAGAAAUGUUUACACCAAAUAUUAUAUAAUAUAGAUUUGUUAUUAGUUUACUAGUAGACAUACCAAUUGGUCUAGUGAAAUGAUAAGAAAUCAGAAAACAAAUUUAAAUUUACCCUUAAGCCUACUUAAAAUCUAUUUAUUUGCUUUUUGAUUUUAGAUUCUGAGUAAAGCAAGGGAUGUAUUGUGUUUACAAUGAUGUUUAAUUUAUUUUUUUUUCUGUAAAAUAAAAGUUGUUCUCUCUCUUAACAGAAAUCUUUCUCUGAUUUGCAAGUAUAGCACCUUUUCUAAAAGUAAUUUUUUUUUUUGGGUAGUUAUUUUUUUGAUUAGGGUUUUCAUAAUAAUUGGGAAAAAAAACUGGAAAGUUUAUUAAAUGUAGUAAUUUCAUUAAAUUUGUUUUUUUUGUUGUAAUUCAGUUAAAAAUAUUUGUAAAUACUUGAACUUCAGACAGUAUAGUGAUAUAUGCCUCUUUUAGACGUGUUAAAAUUUUCAAAAUACUUUUGAGUUAUUUAUAGACAUUUUUAAUUUUGCGAGUUUUUACAUAAUUUUUGUAAAUGAUGUGUCGAUAAAAUUGAUAGACCAAAUAUAAAUGUUUGACAAUUUAACAGAAGGUAAUAAGUCAUAUUUAGUUGUUAACACAAGAAUUUAUUUUUUUUAAGACUUAGUAUCAAAUUUUGACAGAAAUCAUAAAUAUUAUGGCCUUUCAAAAAAUUAUAAACCAAACUUUGCUCAGAACCAUUUUUUUAUUGGCAAUCAUUAAUUGUUAAGUACUAAUAUACAUUAAAUUCCUCUCUAUAUGUUACCUUUCUAAUUUUUCACCUACAAUAGUUCAUUAUAGAGUUAUUUUCGAAUAAUUAGAUUUUUCACAACAUUUAAGUAGUAUCUUUUAGCGAUACCAACUUAAUUUUUUCAAAAAAGAAUCUAUAUUUAAAAUUUCAUAAAUAUUUGAAAUACUACUUUAUAUAAAUUUUGAUGUCGACAUAUUUGAUCACGGUCAACCCAUUAACAAGAUAUUCCACUUUUAAGUUUAGUUAGGAGAUUAGUGGAGCACUAAUAAAAUGCCACACGCUGUACCAUCACAAAAAUGAUAUUCCACUCUUCUCCCCCUACCUUAACUUAUAAGAGAAAUAUCUCGUCAACGGGUUGACAGAAAACUAAAAUAUAUUUAAAGUCUAUUUAUGGAAUUUUCAAUAUAGGUUCUAAUUUGAAAAAACAAAGUUAGUAUUACCACAGUAUACUACUUAAAUACUGUGAAAAAUCUUAGUAUUCUAAAAAUUAGAAUUGUAAUUUAUGCAAAAUUCAAACCAAAAAAAAUGGAGUAAACAUGCUUAAAGAAUCAAGGUUUACUACACCCUAACAUAAAUUAUAUAUAACUAUACAAUUUUUAUAAUUAUUAAAAUUAUGUUUAUUUUCGUGUAGGAAGCAUUAGUAGUAACUGUUCAGAUUCUUCUAGUCGUGGAGAUGAAAGUGAAAUUGGAGCUCGGAAAUUUAGUGAAGCUGUAGUUCAAACAUUAUCUUCUGUUGCUUCUGUUCUAGAAUAUCCUAAAAGUAAAAAAAUUAUUAUUAUUUAUUUUAUCAUAAUGGUUACAUUUAAAUAAUUACAUAUUUUUAGAUCUUAUAAAAGACACAGCCAGGCCGUCCUAUUGGGUACCUGAUAGCGAAGCAUUAGAAUGUUUUAUAUGUAAAUCAGAAUUUGGAUCAACAUUAAUACUCCACCAUUGUCGCGAUUGUGGUAAUGGAAUUUGCUCCAGUUGUUCUAGCCAUCGAAAACCAGUUCCACAUCGUGGAUGGCCUAAUCCUGUUCGAGUGUGUGAUUUAUGUUCAAACCAAGAUAUAUGAUGACUAAAAAUAUUUUGUUGUAUUAAUUUUAAUAAAGUAAUUUUUUUUUUAAAGGAAUUUAUUAGUGAUAAAUAUGCAUACCCCCAUGAUAUGCAUAUGUGAUUGUGACUUUGAAACCCUAAUUACCAAUGAGUUUUAAGAUUAAUUAUUGUAUAAUAUUCUCUUUUUUUCUUUAUUGCCAAAAACAUAUAAACAAAUUACUGUGAUAGGUAUCUUUUAAGCUAGUCCUAAGUAAAGUUCUUUUAUUUCUUGGUGAUUCUUUUAGUUGUAACAUUGUUAUAAUAGCUCCAUUAUUAUUAUUAUUAUUAUAUAUUUUAUUAUUUGUUUUAUUUGAUUAAAUAUUCAUAUUUUGACCAAAUUAUAAUAUUUUUUUUUUGUUUUAUAAAUUACAAACUUGUGUUCAACAAAAUUGUUAUUAUUUAGACAAUUAGUUAUAAAUCAUUAAACCAUAAUAUAAAAUAUAAAUUAUAUAAAUGUAGGAAUAUAUAUAUAUAUAUACAUGUACAUGAAAACAAAUUUUAUAAUAUUAUAGAUAUGCUAUAUGCAUUAUAUAUUAAAAUUAACAGUCUGAAUAAUAUACAAACAAUUUGAGACAUUUUUUUUUUAACAAAUUAUAUAUAAUUUUGAUUUGAAAAUUAGAAUUUGUGAAUUGAUUUACCUGAC